AUGGCGGCCACCACCACUCUGAGCGAGCAAAAAAUCGAUCUCGCCCUCUUCCCCGACGGCCUCAAAACUACCGGCCAACAUGCGCCGCUGCCUGAGUUCGUGCAGCCGUUUGAGAAGUAUCCCGCCGAGAUCACGGGCCGGACAGUCUGGAAGGCCGAGGACUACAAGGACAGCCCCGAGAAAUGGGUGCAUCGGUUCACGGAUGCCGAGGUCGAGGAAUUGAGCACUGCUGCGGAUCGGUUUAUUGAGGAUGGGAUUCCGCUGACGGGCAUUACGCAGCAAAACUUCCCCCUCCCCAAGCUCGGCGUCUAUCUCCGCACCGACCUGCGCGACGACCUGAUCAACGGCAAGGGAUUCAUCCUCUUCAAGGGCCUGCCAGUCACCGAAUGGGGCAACCACAAGUCCGCCGUGGCCUACAUGGGGCUGGGCACGUAUCUGGGCUAUUUCGUGAGCCAGAACAGUCGCGGCCAUGUGCUGGGACAUGUCAAGGAUCUUGGCGAGGAUGCUACGCAGAUUGAUAAAGUGAGGAUAUACCGGACGAAUGCUCGUCAGUUCUUCCACGUAGACGACUCCGACCUCGUCGGGCUGCUCUGCAUUGCGCGCGCGCUGGAAGGCGGCGAAUCGGAUCUGGUCUCCUCGCACCAUGUGUAUAAUACAAUCGCUAAAGAGCGUCCAGACGUGCUCAAGACGCUGACCACACCCAACUGGUAUUUCGAUCGCAAGGGGGAGACCUCCAAGGGCCAGGAGGAGUAUAUCAAGACGAGCGUGCUGUAUCUUGAGCGGGGCGAGAACCCGCGUGUGUAUACCAAAUGGGACCCGUACUUUGUGCGCUCGCUCACGCGCUUCUCCGACCAAGGGAUUAUCCCGCCGCUGUCGAGCGAGCAGCAGGAAGCGCUGCGCGUUCUGGAAGAAACGGCGCAGCGGCUGUCGCUGCACAUGAUCCUCGAAGUCGGCGAUAUCCAGUUCCUGGCCAACACGCACAUUCUGCAUGCGCGCACGGCGUACAAGGACUAUGCGCCGCCCGCGCCGCGGCGGCAUUUGAUGCGGCUGUGGCUGGCGACGCCGGAGGGCGAGGGCGGAUGGAAGCUGCCGUACUGGGACAGCGAGGAGAAGAAGCGCGGGGGGAUCCAGGUGGACGAUCAGCCGCCUGUUGCGCCGCUGGACGCGGAGUGA